GUAUGACGUCACUGCGCGUCCGUCGAUGACGUCACUGCGCUGCCAUCGAUGACGUCACCGCGCGGGCGUCGAUGACGUCACAGGAGGAGGACGGCUCCACCUGCCUGCACCACGCGGCCAAGAACGGGAACCUGGAGAUGGUGGAGCUGCUGCUGGGCACCGGCCAGGUGGACGUCAACGCCCAGGACAAUGGCGGCUGGACCCCGAUCAUUUGGGCGGCCGAGCACAAACACAUCGAGGUCAUUCGGCGACUGCUGACCCGAGGGGCCGACGUCACCCUGACCGACAACGUGAGCGCACCUGG